AUGAGCAGCCAGGACCCACGCACGCUGCUGGAGCUGGCAGGGCGGAGCCUGCUGAUGGACAGCCAGCGGGCCACCCUGGCUCUGCAGGACCUGCCCAUCGAGCUCUUCCCACCACUCUUCAUGGAGGCCUUCAGCGGGAGACACAGGGAGGUCCUGAAGGAAAUGGUGCGGGCCUGGCCCUUCACCUGCCUCCCCCUGGGGGCCCUGAUGAAGAAGCCAGACCUGGAGAUGCUCCAAGUCACACUGCAAGGGCUCAAUAUGCUACUUGCCCAGAGGGAUCGCCCCAGGCGGUGGAGGCUGCAGGUGCUGGAUCUGCGGCAAGUUCAUCACAACUUCUGGAGGAUGUGGACGGGAGAGGUGGCCGAUGCCUGCUCACCAGAGGCCAUGCCUAGGAAGCAAACCGUGGCGGCCCCUCCAGGGACAGGGCCCUUGCUGCCCUUGAAGGUGCUGGCAGACCUGUGCUUGCCGCAUAAGCUCCCGUAUCCCCCCGUCGCCUUCGUCCUUCAGUGGAUGGAUGGGAAGCCCGGCGUGGUCCAGCUGUGCUGUAAGAAGCUGCAGGUAUCGACUUUGUCCCUCCAGAGCAUGGAGAGGAUCUUGGAAAAGUUGGACCUGGACUACAUCCAGCAAGUGGAAAUGCACUGUCCCUGGAGUCUGUCUAUCCUGGCCAGUUUUGCUACCUAUUUGGGCCAGAUGAGGAACCUGAGGAAGCUUCUUUUCUCCCACGUCCAAGUGUCUGUUGACGUCUCCCAGGAGGAGAAGGAUUGGCUGAUGGAUCACGUCACCUCGCAGUUUGCCAAGAUGGACAGCCUCCGGAGGCUCUACCUGGAUGAUGCCUUCUCCUUAGAUGGCCGUCUGUGCCAGGUGCUCAGGCACCUGAAGAACCCCCUGGAGACCCUGUCAAUCACCAAUUGCCAGCCCUCAGAUUCGGACUGGAACCAUCUGUCCGGGUCUCCAAACCUCGCUCAGCUACUACACCUGAACCUGUGUGGCAUCAAACAGACCAAUCUCAGUCCCGAGCCCCUCAGAAUUCUGCUGGAGAACGCUGCAGCCACCCUGAGGACCCUGAACUUGCAGGACUGUGAGAUCACGGACUCGCAGCUCCAGGUCCUCCUGCCUGCCCUGAGUGGCUGCUCCCAGCUCAGGACCUUCAGCUUUCAGGGGAACAACAUCUCCUUGCCGGUCAUGAGGGACCUGCUGCGUCACACUGCCAGGCUGAGGCAGUUGAGUCUAGAGAUGUACCCUGCCCCUCUGGAGAGCUACAAUGCCCAGGGUGCCAUCCACCGGGAGAGAUUCUUCCAGCACUAUGCUGAGCUGACGGACAUACUGAGGGCCGUAAGGGAGCCCAAGAGAGUCUUGUUCCAUACCAAACCCUGCCACAUCUGUGGCCACCGGUUUGUUUACAACCUGCCCACCAGCCUCUGUCGCUGUUUGAUGCCCGCCUAG